AUGUCAAUGGAAUAUGCACCAGCUUGGUCAAUGCCUGGACGACAAUCUAUAAAACGCCUUACUUCUUCUCUUCCUCGUGAGCAAGCAAAACCAUUGGCAAAAUACUGCUUUUUAAUUGAGAAAAAUUUUUUAAUAUAAUAAAAAUUUAUUUAAUAUUUGAUAAUUGAAAAUUAUAGAAUUUUCCCAUAGAUAGCGCUGUUUGCCUUUGAUUUACCCACUGAGAAAAUUUUUUGGUUUGACCAAACCAUAUGGUACUGGUCGAACCAAAAAAUUUUUCCCAGUGGCCAAAUCAAAGGCAAACAGCGCCAAAUAUUGGAAAAUUCUAUAUUUAAUUUUGAGAAAAAUUUAAGAUAUUUAAAUUUUAAAAAAAAAUAAACUGAUGGGAGGAAAUUUUUUUGCUCUCAUUUGAAUGAGGAGUUAAUGAAGUUCCAGGUCCAGGAUCAUAUUCACCAAAAGAUCAGCCUGAUUCUCCAAAUUAUAAAAUCGGAACUAGCUCAAGAUAUAAUUUAACCAAACCUAAUAGCAUUUCUCCUGGACCUGGAGCUUAUAAUCCUUUACUUGACACAAGUCUCAACAGAUCCCAAAAAUUUAGCAAAAGUGCUCGAAAAUUUUUAGUUUCCAAUAACAUUGCACCAGGACCUGGUGCUUAUGAAAAUAAAAACAUAAUUGGAGAAGGCCCUCGUUUUUCAAUGCUCGGCCGUUUAGUCAGAUCAGCCUCAAACCAAAGUUUACCAGGACCUGGCCAAUAUAAUCUAAACACUUAUGAAAAAUUUAUUCCUCGUGCCCCAGAAUAUUCUAUGGGAUCAUCAAAAAGAGGCGAAAAACUGUCAAAAUCCAAUGGGAGCAUACCUGGGCCUGGGACUUAUGAUAAUAAAAAUUCUGCUAUAGAUGGUCCUCGUUGGAAGUUUGGAAAUGAAACAAGAAGCCAUAAUGCAAAAAGCAUGAAUCCUGGACCUGGAACUUAUAAUUUUGGAAGUUCUUUGGAUAGUAAAGGAUUCAGCAUUUCAGGACGUGCAGAAGAAAGUAAAGAAAGGUCAGUCACGCCUGGACCUGGAGCUUAUGAUAUAAAAGUAGGAGCAGAAUCUCCACAGUAUAGUGUAGGAAAAUCAAAUAGAGGUGUAAACAGUAAUACUCUUAAGAAAUUCAUACCAGGGCCAGGUGCUUAUAAUCCUGCAUAUACAGAGCCAAGCUUUGCAUCAGUUUUUGGGUCAAGUAAACGCAAAGCUUUAAGCACAACUCUAAAUAACCCAGGACCUGGGGCCUAUUCUUUAUCUAACCAGCCUGAUGGGCCAGUUUAUACAAUUAAAGGAAAAUAUCAAAGCAAGAAGUCUGAUUUUUUGCCAGGCCCAGGACAAUAUAACCCUCAAAAACGAGACAAGUCGCCUUCAUACUCAGUCAGCCGAGCCAACCGAAGCCAUGCCUCUCAUUCCAAAAACGAAGUCCCAGGUCCAGGCACUUACAACUCAAGCAACACUGACCGAGUUCCUGGCUGGGGAUUUGGCAGUGACCGUUGGAAAAAGAGAUCAUUCCUUGCAUCUCCAGGGCCAGGCUAUUACGACAUCCGAACAACCAUAGGACAAUUACCUUCAUAUGCAUUAUCUAAAAGAUAA